AUGACCGGUCCCACGGUAAAUGGCAUGCCCAUAUUUCACUUGCUUUUGGCAUCAGGAGUUCUUGCUACUGGUAUGGAAUGUUCUAAAGUGUUACGGUUGUUUGCUGCCCUAAAGAUCCCAAACGUAAAACAACGGGAGUUAUCAAAUAUUUUCAAAUAUUACGCCAUCCCCACAGUGUACAACGUUUGGCAAAAAGAGCAAUUGUCAAGGCUGAAUGAAAUCGAUGGAAAAUCUGUUGUUGUGGCAUCUGAUAUGCGUGUCGACAGCCCUGGGCACAGUGGCCUUUUUGGUUCGGGCAGCACAAUGGACAUGGAUAGAAACACCAUCCUGGAUACACAAGUAAUCAAGCUAUAACGGGACCUAAAGUCCAGGGUUGCAGAUUGCUGAAUAAAUAAGCCAAACAUUGUUAUAAACGGCCCCUUCAAACAAAGAAAACAAAGGUUAUGAUAAUAAUAUUUGGCUUAUUUAUUCAGCAAUCUGGCAAGUGGCAAGCAUGACCUAAACUAUCAAGUCAACAGAUAACUUGCAUGUUAGACUAACUUUUGAUCUGAGCAAAAAAAGUAAAUUCCCAUGUUUAUCCUAACCCACCCUGUGAACUUUCCCUAUGGGAGGAAACCGGGGUGUCCGGUGAAAACCCCAUGACUUUUGGCAGAGAGUAAACUGACUCUUCACAUGGGCCCGCAACGAGAAUCGAACCCACGUUCUCAGAGGUGAAAUCUGCUUGCUCUGACUUUCGCAUGAUAUUAAAAUUAUCCCUUAGCAAUAACAUUGACCUAGGUCUGGAUAAUUCUUGAUAGAUAUCAUGCUCAGCCUCAUCCAAUAAUUGUUAAAUUAUCUAUGUGGGCUAUAUGAAUUAUUAAGUUACUAAUAUUAUUAAUAAUUAAUGAAUACAAUUUAGAAUUUAGUUUUUGCAAAGCUUAGAGUCUGAUUGUUGGAUUUAUGUUCAAUGUCUCAACAGUCCACAGAGGUGAAAAACUCGAAUGCAAUGGAGCUGGAGUCCUUAAAAAGACAAAUGAAAUAUUUAGAAGAUAACAAUGUUUGUGUGACAAAGCUGGUGACAGAUCGCCAUAUACAGGUUUCUGCAUACAUGGCCAAUGAGAAACCAGAUGUUGAACAUUCAUACAAUGUCUGGCAUUUGGCAAAAGGUAUGAUUGUUUUCACUAUUUAGGAUUAAUAACUUUUUUCUGUGCUGGUGUUGUGUACUCAGGUGAAUAUGAUGUUUGUGAUGUUACUCUGAGUGUAUAUCCACACCGAGCGAACUUGAAAAAUAUGCCUGUGUGGAUAUACACGCAGAGUAACAUCACAAACAUAAGAUUAAUAAUUUGUUUCACACAGUGCAGAAUGACUUUUUCUCUCAAAUCGUGGAUAUUGUAUUAUCUGGCAUGCUCCCCCCCCCUUGCUGGACCCAACCUUCCCAAGCGGACCCAACUUUCCCAGAGGGGGCCCCGGAAUGCUGGAAUUGCGGAAUGUGUUAAAUAUUAAGGAAUAUUCUGAAAAAUUGAGGGUGAAAAAGGUCUGAAAAAGUAUUUUUAACACACCAUUAUCGCAAAAUGUUUGGAAAAUUUUUUUGGGACGUUUUAUUUUCACAAAAACCAUCAACCCCGACCCUGUAUUGGUCUCAAAUCUCAAUCACCAUGCUGCCCAUAUGUUUAAGUGGCAUUGUUUAAUUCACAAUAACCAAUCAAUAACUUAUAUUUAAAGGAGAAAAGAAGAAAUUGACAAAGCUUGUCAAAAAAAGAAAAUUCAAAUCAAUUAAACCAUGGAUUGGCGUGAGUAAUUCAUGUUUAUGUGUAUAGGAUGCAAGUGAAAAAAAUAUAUGCUAUAGUGUCAAUUCUGUUGCAUUAAUUUUGUGUUUCUUUUUGUCUACUUGACAGUCAAUUAUUAAUCAUAUCUACUGGAUUGGGGACUCAAGUACGACUGAUGACGAACGGGAGGAGAAAUGGCGCAGCCUUCUCAACCAUAUUGUUGACAUUCACAAACAUGAUGGGAAUACAUUGUUUGUUGAAUGUCUUCAUGGCACACUAGAAAGAGAAUGGCUUAAACAAGGUUUGCUAAUUUUCAUUUUAACCCAUAGAGCCGCAAUGCACCCCAGUGUGCCCUACUAUCAUUUUUUACUUGUGUAAUGCGAGACAACUCCACUCAAUGGGGAAGCUCUGCAGCUUAAUGGAUUAACCCAUUAAGCGCCAGCGCUCUCCUCCCUGGCCUUGGUGAGUACAAUAGUCUGGCAUUAGACAGAGUAAAAAAUGAAGUAGGUCGCAUCAGGGCACAAUGCAACUCAAUGGGUUAAUCAACCAUCAAAUCAAAUAUGCACCCGUCAUCCCCUAUGUACCCUACAUUACUUCCUUACCCUUUAUACGUGUUAUAGGAUCUGCAGCUUACAAAAAGUUAACUGAGAUGCUAACAAGGCCUCGGCUGAUUACAGCAAUUCGAAAGCUAUCCAACUAUCAUCAGACAUCUGGUUUGGAGGCCAAGCAUGCAGUGGACAAUCAGCUUGCUUCAAAAAACACUUAUCACUCGUACCAGUGA